UUAGAGCAUAAAGCUAAUUUGCAAGAGCGAACCGAAGUUGAAGAGUUCCAAAUAUAACAAAGCUUUCAUAACACAGAAGACUAAGCUGUUUACCUUUUCUUCUCAGUAGUAGCACCUUCACCAGAUCUCAUCUUGAGGAGAACACUAGACAUCUCCUCUCUCUCUCUCUCUUCCUCUUGGCAACCUUAAGAGCCCUCUUGUCUUUUUACCAACCUCCAGAAGCUCCGCGUCUUGUGAUGACGUAUCAGUGAUCUGAUGAACAUGCGGGAGUUAGGACGAGGAGCCAACUCGCGUCUUGUGAUGACGUGUCAUUUGUUCCGAGCAAGAACAUACCAGUCUUCUUCAGUUGUGGUGUUGCCAUUGUUACUCUUCUCCUCGGAUCAAACCUCCUACAAUGGCCCAUUUACUUCUUUUGGAGAAUCUGUUCAUAUCUGGAUGGAAGAAGGCGUGAUCGAGGUAGCACCAAGAUAGCCAUGAUCACAAUGGCGGUGUUACUACUCAGUUCUUGCGGAAUCUCAGUCGGUGAACCAAUAUUGACGAUUCAGAGCCCUGACGGCGAUGUAAUAGACUGCCUCAACACGAUGGACCAACCCUCGUUGAAGAAUCCUCUGCUGAAAAAUCACAUAUUCCAGGAAACCCCUAGCGAUCAUGUGAAAAGAGAAGACGAUGGAUUUGGUUUGCAAGUUUGGCACUCGGAGGGAAUAACUUGCCCGCGUGGGACCAUUUCAAUAAGGAGAUUUGACAAAAACAUUUCCCAUACGAAAUAUGAUCCCUUGGUUCCUAAUGCAGCCGAUCGAGCUACAAAAGGACAUGAGUAUGCAAUCGCAGAGAUAAAAUGGCAACCAGUUUACGGCACCAAAAAAGCUUCAUUGAGUGUCUGGAGUCCGAUUGUAGAGUUUCCAGCCGAUUUCAGCUUGGCGCAAAUCUGGCUCGUGUCUGGCCAGUACGAAGAAAACAAUCUUAACACGAUAGAGGCGGGGUGGCAAGUCUACCCGAACAGAUAUGGGGACCACCAACCACAACUGUUUACGUAUUGGACCGCGGAUGCAUAUUUAAAUACUGGGUGCUAUAGUACCCAGUGUGUUGGCUUUGUCCAUGUAAGCAACACUAUUGCUCUCGAAGCUGCGAUCACUCGUACGUCCACGUAUGGGGGAGAUCAAUUUGCUAUCACACUACAGCUCUGGAAGGAUGUGUUUACGGUUAACUGGUGGAUGGGUAUGGGUGAAAACAUCGAGCCGAUUGGAUAUUGGCCUGCAGAGAUUUUCACCAGCCUAUCCGAUCACGCCACCACGGUACAAUGGGGCCGCGAAGUGUACCGCAAUACUUCUGGCAGGAACACUACGCUCCAGAUGGGUUCGGGUAAAUAUCCGAAUAAAGGCUUCAGACAAGCCGCAUAUUUCUGCAACAUCCGGAUUGCAAAAGAGAACCGUACCCUUUUACCGAUUGAAGACUUUGUAAUAGGUGGCGAUUCCUAUACGAUUAGGAAGAGUCACAGUAAAGUCUGUGGAACGCACUUUUACUACGGAGGACCGGGACCACUCCGUUCCGAGUCUGUUCGGGGAGAUUACUUGUCUAUUGUCUAUUUGUUGUUAUUGUCAUUUUAUUUUCUUGUCUAG